AAUUAAUUCAUAAAUUAAACAAAAACAAAUAUAUUAAAUAAAAUGAUAUCUAAACAAUUUUCCAAAUAUUCUAAAUUAGCUUAGAAGAUUAAAUUAGGCAACCCUAGCUGUACAUUAUUUUUCAAUUAAUGUUCAAGAUAUAGCUUUAUAAAUACUUAUAAUGUUUCAUAGGCUAGCAAAAUGGCAAUUUAAAACAAAAAUCUUUUGUGCCACAAUAAUAAAUAUCAUUUCUCACAAAACUAAGAAACUAAAUCAAUCGAAUAAUAAAUAGAAGAUCUCAAUAAUAAGUUUGAUUAGCAAUAUGAUGAGAGAAAAUACGAAGAAAGCUUAGAGACACUAAGACAACUUGUAGAAAUCAAGUAAGAAUAAGGAUUAGAUAUUGGAUAUGAAGUUCAAUAAAUAGGCCAUGUUUUGAUUAAAAAUAAAAGAGUUUAAGAUGGAUUAGAUGUUUUAUACGAUUUAAAGUCAUAGUUAGAAUCAUUAAAAAUUGAUGAUGCAUUGCUUUUAUCCAAAAUCUCAGAAAAUAUUAGUAAAGGUGAAAUGAUCAACUCUAACUUAGAAAAAGCACUUAGUAUAUUGAAUGAAGCUAUUCCUAAAAUUGAAAAAGCUGUUAGCUAUGAAAAUCCUACAUUGUAUGAUAUGUUAGCUAGAAAUUAUUCAUAGAGAGGUAAUAUUUACUCUCUUGAUAAGGAGAAAAAAUAAGAUUUCAUUGCAGAAUACUCAAAAGCCAAAGACAUCUAUGAAAAAUUCGAGGAAUUAAUUCCAGAAUAAAAAAAAUCAUUUGCAAUUAUUUUAUAGAAAAUUGCCAAUGCCUGUAUAGGUAAAAAUGAGCUCGAUCUUGCUGAAACUCACAUUGCUAAAUCAAGAUAAUUGUGGAUGGAAUUAGAAAAGAAUGAACCUAUUGAUCCUAGCCAUUUCACUACUCUUAUUACAUUUGGAGUUGUUGAACUAUACAAGGGUAGAGUACACUAAGGUAUGAAGGUUAUCAAUCAAUCAAAAAUAGAAUUAGCAAAGAAAAUUAAAUAAGAUACAUCUUAUUCAAAUAGUUAUAUGGCUACUAUCACAAUCGUUGCUGGUAUUUUGAAAUCAAACCCUGCUGCUAAGCAAUUGUUAGAAUAAGUUAAACUUGAGUAUGAUGAAGGAUUAAAGAUUCUUGAAGGCUCUGAUGAAGAUGGUCCAACAAAAAUACUUCUUGAAGAAUAUAAGCAAAUGAGAAGUUAACUUUUUAAUUGAAUCAAACAUUAAAAAUAUAAAAUAAAAUAAUUUUAUUAAUUAAGAGUACUCUUUAUAAUUUAUAUUUAGGUUAAAAUGUUUAAUGAAAAUUUUUGAUAAUUCUUAAAUAAAUUUAU